AUGGCGCUCGGCGGGGUCGGGCGCGGCGCGGCGCGGGCCGCCUGGCCGCGGCUGCUGGUGGCGGCGGCGGCGGCGGCGCUGGCGCUGGCGGGGCCGGCGCUGCCCGAGGUGCUGUUCCGCUGCCCGCCCUGCACGGCGGAGCGCCUGGCCGCCUGCCCCCCGGCCGCCCGCCCGCCCUGCCCCGAGCUGGUGCGGGAGCCGGGCUGCGGCUGCUGCCCGGUGUGCGCCCGCCUGGAGGCCGAGGCGUGCGGUGUCUACACGCCGCGCUGCGCCGCCGGCUUGCGCUGCUACCCCGACCCCGGCGCCGAGCUGCCACUGCAAGCGCUGGUGCAGGGACAGGGCACCUGCGCCCGCCGCCGCGACACGGCCGAAUACGGCGCCAGCGCCGAGCGCCCCGCAGAUAAUGGUGAUGACCGGUCUGAGAGCAUUCUUGCUGAGAACCAUGUGGAUGGCACUGUGGGGAUCCUGAGCGGAGCUGGAGGGAGGAAGCCCAUGAAGACGGGCAUGAAGGAGCUGGCAGUGAUGAGGGAGAAGGUGAACGAGCAGCAGCGGCAGAUGGGCAAAGUCAGCAAGACCCAUCACAAUCACGAGGACUCCAAAAAGUCACGGCUGUCGACGGGCAGGACCCCUUGUCAGCAGGAGCUAGAUCAGGUCCUGGAACGCAUAUCCACCAUGCGGCUGCCAGAUGAGCGAGGGCCCCUGGAGCACCUCUACUCCCUUCACAUCCCCAACUGUGACAAGCAUGGCUUGUACAAUCUCAAACAGUGCAAGAUGUCGGUGAAUGGGCAACGUGGCGAGUGCUGGUGCGUGGACCCCAUCCAUGGGAAGGUGAUCCAGGGAGCACCCACCAUCCGCGGGGACCCCGAGUGCCACCUCUUCUAUACAGCCCAUGAGCAGGAGGACCGGGGAGCACACACCCUGAGGAGCCAGUAG